AUGCCGGGGCAGAAUCGCAACCGCGCCCCCAAUCUCCCGGACAUCGACGAGGCAGUUGCGCCCUUCUCCUCCUUCUUCGCCGCCAACAACUUUGACCCCGCCAUCGUCGAGUCUACAGCCCAGCUGGCCGACGACAGCGUCUUCAUCUCGCCCACCGGGCAGCGCUACCUCAUCCGGAAGCUGCCAGAUAGUGCCAGUCACGCGACAGGGACAGCGCUGGCCUCGCGGCCGCCCGAAGUGCAGGCCCUGAAUGCGACGUCAGCGAAUCGAAAACCGCUCCCCGUGUCCACCAAGACGGCGCCAGUGGCUUCCUUGGCGCUGCCCGACGUCAUCGACAUAUCGAGACGGAGUUCGAACGCGGACUCCAAGCUGUCGGCGGACGAGGUGGCAGAGCUCGUCGGCAACCUGCAACUUGGGCGGUUCGGCGCCUCGGCGCUGUACGAGCUGUCAGACGGCGGUGUGCAGGCUGCGGAAACCUUGACAGACUCGAACCCGGCUCCUGGCCCCGUGUUCAGGGAGCCUGUGUUCAGUGACACCGGCAGUGUCGGCGACGGCAACCAGUGCCAGACCACGGCGACGAGUUCUCGAAGCUAUUCUGAGGGUUGCUAUUUUCAGUACGACGGCGCAAUACUAUCGCCGGGCGACACGACCCAUUUCUCGCCCACCAACUUCUACUAUGGCCAGAACUCUUCGGGGUACAUGAGGACAGGCAGUCUUCCCGCCAGCGCGACUUACCAGAAUCACUCCUCCUACCAGUCUUCUACCAGCCGGGGCGAAUCCUCUCAGGACGCAUAUCCCCAAGACCAACCGCGGCAGAGUGGGAGCACAUCCAGUGGCUUUCUUCCGGAGGCAUGGAUUAGGCAGGCCGCGGGGCGCCAAUCCGCUCCUGUAACGACGGCACCCGUACGGGCUUCUCUUCCAUCCUUGAUGGAGUAUUCAAGCCCAGUCAUCUCACCACCUUUGGACUCAUCGCCUCAGUCCAUGGCUUAUGCAAAUCCUGUGGCAGUCAGCCCUGGAAGCUACGCAGCAUAUGGAUACCACACAACUACGGAUUAUCCCGCUUACGAUGCCAACCCCAUAGACACCCAAACCCCUGUGGUGGUACAUGUCCAUGCGCCAUCAACUUCCAACCAGAGCAGGUCUGACGGCUCGAGCACAACACGCGACAACGUUCUUCCGGGAGAAGAGAUGGUCUACGAGGGGAAUAUCAAGAGUUCUCCAGGCCUGGCGGGGCCAUUUGCCGAUGCCCAGCUCAAGGUCUUCCGAAACAAUCUCAAUCGCGACUUGAGAUUCUAUUGCAAGGUUGGCAAUGAUUCCGAAACAUACUGGUUGAAGGGAAACAAAGCGCAGCUCAUACCGAUGUACGCGUACGACCAGAGAUCGGAGCGCCUAGUCUAUCUUCGAGACGAUGAGAAGAGGAAAAACAGCGGCCACCACCAUUCAUCCCAGCCUUCGAACGGACCCCGCGGGGUCUAUGAGUUCCCUCAUCUACAAGAUCUCUUCAGAUUUCAGAGCAAGCUUACGGGAGAGGAUGUCGUGCUGGACAUCUCGAGUGUCAAGUGGAUCAAUCUCUGCAAAGCGAACAGCCGCUCCAGCAAGAUGUACUCGAGCGUGCGUCUGCAGAUAUGGCACGAACCUCGAUCACGGCGCACCAUGCAGUCGGAUGUAGCUUCGUUUGUCACGGCCGGGACGACAGUCUCUGGCCCGCUAAGAGACCGCACAGUCAUCAACACAUCGAGACUGGUAGUCUUUCUUGGGAGGGCAGAAGAGUAUAUUACAGUCUUCAUCACGGACGAUAUCGACGUAGAGCAGAAGGACCAGACGUGUGUCAAGUUGAAGCCUCGCAAGUAUAGCGGCCUCCACCGACGAGCUUCUCGGCCAGGCGUCAAAGAUGUUCGAGCAGCCCAACUUGAAGGCAGGACACAUUCAGAGCCAGUCGGGCUCGCUAUCCACGGCGAGACCUACAACCCUGAUGUCGAGGAGACGUUCUCCUCCUACAAGACGUUCGAGAUAGAGUUUGAGAGUUCACCGAGUCAAGUGAAUUUCUUGCAAGCUUGGAGAGAGGUGUUGGAUGAGAGGAGGAAGCAAAGGAAACGACUUGAGCGAAUCCAAGACGAUAUGAAGAAGGAGGUCUUCUCAUCGCGGGACGCACUUUCGGUUAGGACCUGA